AUGCUUUCAAUAGAAAAAGAAAAUUCAAGAGUUGCUACAACUAAACCAUUAGAUGAACUUUUUACGAAUGUCGGUCAAAAGUUUGAGACAGAGACCGUAAAGCAUGAAGGCUAUCGUUUUGACUACCCACUAAGAUGGUUAAGAGACCCAUCUGUCACAAAAGCUAUUGGCUUUCGUAGAAUGAAGUUCAUUUCAGAAGCCAUACAUGGUUUCCCAUUUACGGUCGCUUUUGAAGUUCGAUACUAUAACAAAGAAAAACGUACGUAUGAGAAAUUUGAACAGGGAAAACUUUUACAAGUGAAUUUGCUUGUAAACUUAGAAACAACUCUUCAAGCUUUUCAAGAAAAAAUAAACGAUAUCUAUAUCGAAUAUGCAAACCAGUUUAACAUUGACGAAGGAGAGUACCAUCUCGAUAUUUUAUAUGACAGGAAAAAUGCAACUGUUAAAAUCAAUAGAAUAGAAGACCUUGGAGAAGAC